AGUUUCUGAAGAGGAAGGCUAGACUUUUACCAGUAGACAAUUGGGUAAAAAGCUGUCAAUCUGUUACCGCCCCAAAAUUCCGGAAUUACGAGAUGGGACAACGCAUUCUAUAUCUCGACUAAAAAGACAAAGGAUAAACAGCAUCAUUUGCCAGCGCUCCCGACCCUCAAUGUCCCCAACAACCCCAACCCCAAAACCCCCUCACGCACACACAGCCCCGAUGGCAGGGCGCCCAUCCCGACCCAGUGGCCAACCCCAGUCCAGUAAGGUGAGCCAGUUUAAAUUGGUUCUACUGGGGGAGACAUCAGUGGGGAAGUCCAGCCUGCUGCUGCAGUUUGUCAAAGGCCAGUACCAGGACUUUGGGGAGAGCACCAUUGGGGCUGCCUUUCUGACUCAGAUGGUGAGUGUGGACAGUGCCAUGGUGAAGUUUGAGAUCUGGGACACGGCUGGUCAGGAGCGCUACCACAGCCUGGCACCCAUGUACUACAGAGGAGCUCAGGCAGCCAUAGUGGUCUAUGACAUCACCAACACAGAGACCUUUGUACGAGCCAAAGCCUGGGUGAGCGAGCUCCAGAAACAAGCCAGUACAAACAUGGUGAUAGCCUUAGCGGGCAACAAGGCCGAUUGGUCUGCUAACAGAGCGGUGGAGUAUACGGAUGGUCAGGGUUAUGCUGCUGACAACAGUCUUCUCUUCAUGGAGACCUCUGCCAAGACAGCCAUGAAUGUCAACAACCUCUUCCUGGCCAUAGCCAAGAAACUGCCCAAGAGUGAGCCACUGGGUGGAGUAGCUGGUAGUGCUGGGGUUCGAGGAGGACCUCCAGUGGACCUCAGACAGCCUACCCAGACCAGCCCAGCCCAGUGCUGUGGAAACUGAGGAGGGAUGGGGGAGAACAGGAGAAGCAAGCUCACAUCUGAGGGAGGAGGGAAGGCUAAAGAGAUUUUCCAGAGAAAAGAAGGGAGAGUGAAAGAGAGAUAGAAGUGUAGCAUGCAAAUGAGUUAAAGGAAUGAUAAGGGACAAAUUCACUGAGUGGACAAAACAUUAGGAACACCUUCCUAAUAUUGAGUUGCUCCCCCUCUCCUCGACUCCAAUGCUUC